AAAAAUCCAAAAAGAAAAGGCCUAAAACCGCAACCUCUCAACGACGAAGCACGAGAGCCGCGGCUGCCGGGAGGUCAAAGGGCGGAGGUGAGGAAGGAGCCGUUUCCCGGUGAGCUGGAGCCAGUGCCUUCCCUGCAGGGCUGUGCAUGCAGGAAUUGCCCCUGCUGUACCCCGGGAUGGCCUCGAGGUGAGGGUGGCCGAGGAUGACCCUGACUGAAAGGCUGCGCGAGAGGAUUUCGCGGGUGUUCUACAGCCACGGGCUGCUCUGUGCUUCCUACCCCAUCCCCAUCAUCCUCUUCACAGCUCUCUGCAUCCUGGCCUGCUGCUACCCCCUGCUGAAGCUGCCUCUGCCGGGGACGGGCCCCGUGGAGUUCAGCACCCCGCUGAAGGACUACGCUCCCCCCGGGCCGGGCACGGGGCCACAGCACGGGGAGCCCGGCGAGCGCCCCGACUGGUACGUCGGUGCUCCCGUGGCCUACAUCCAGCAGAUCUUGGUGAAAGCCACCGUGUCCCCCUGGCAGAAGAACUUCCUGGCUGUGGAUGUGUUCAGGUCACCGCUGUCCCGAGUCUUCCAGCUGGUGGAGGAGAUCAGGAACCACGCCCUGAGGGACAGCUCGGGGGUGAGGAGCCUGGAGGAGCUCUGUCUGCAGGUGACAGACCUGCUGCCCGGGCUCAGGAAGCUGAGGAAUCUGCUCCCGGAGCACGGCUGCCUGCUGCUGUCCCCGGGCAACUUCUGGCAGAACGACCGCGAGCGCUUCAAUGCCGACCCAGAUAUCAUCAAAACCAUCCACCAGCAUGAGCCAAAGACCCUGCAGACAUCAGCCACGCUCAAAGACCUGCUGUUCGGGCUGCCUGGCAGGUACAGCGGUGUCAACCUGUACAACCGGCGGCGCGUGGUGUCCUACACCGUCACCCUGGGGCUGCAGCGCUACGACUCCAGGUUCCUGAGCAGCCUCCGCUCCCGCCUGAAGCUGCUGCACCCCAGCCCCAACUGCAGCCUGCGGGAGGAGAACGUGGUCCACGUGCACUUCAAGGAGGAGAUCGGCAUCGCCGAGCUCAUCCCGCUCGUCACCACCUACAUCAUCCUCUUCGCCUACAUCUACUUCUCCACACGCAAGAUUGACAUGGUGAAGUCCAAGUGGGGCCUGGCGCUGGCGGCGGUGGUGACGGUGCUCAGCUCCCUGCUCAUGUCCGUGGGGCUCUGCACCCUGUUCGGCCUCACCCCCACGCUCAACGGCGGGGAGAUAUUCCCGUACCUGGUGGUGGUGAUUGGCCUGGAGAACGUGCUGGUCCUCACCAAGUCCGUUGUGUCCACGCCCGUGGACCUGGAGGUGAAGCUGCGCAUCGCCCAGGGCCUGAGCAACGAGAGCUGGUCCAUCAUGAAGAACAUGGCAACAGAGCUGGGGAUCAUCCUCAUCGGGUACUUCACCCUGGUCCCGGCCAUCCAGGAGUUCUGCCUCUUUGCCGUGGUGGGGCUGGUGUCAGACUUCUUCCUGCAGAUGUUGUUCUUCACCACGGUGCUGUCCAUCGACAUCCGCCGCAUGGAGCUGGCCGACCUGAACAAGCGGCUGCCCCCCGAGUCGUGCCUGGCGCCGGCCAAGGCUGCGUGCCGUGCACGGCCGCACACCCUGCACACAGCACACACCCAGCACACACAGCACACCCAGCACACCCUGCACACCCCACACACCCCACACACACCACACACCAUCACCCUGCAGCCGUCCUCGCUGCGCAACCUGCGCCUGCCCAAGCGCCUGCGCGUCAUCUACUUCUUCGCCCGCACACGCCUGGCCCAGCGCCUCAUCAUGGCCGGGACAGUGAUCUGGAUCGGAAUCCUGGUCUACACCGAUCCUGCUGGGCUCCGCACCUACCUCACGUCCCAGGUCACCGAGCAGAGUCCCCUGGGGGACGCGGGCCUGCCUCCCAUGCCCGUUCCUGGGGGGGUCCUGCCUGCCGGGGACCCCAAGAUCGACCUCUCAGUGUUCCCAUCGGAGCCCAUCCAGCUGUCGGAGAACCACACGCAGCACAGGGAGCAGCAGUCGCGGCUGGAGCCCAACCAGCACAGCUGGGCCCAGGGAGCCGAGGGCAGGGGGAACGGGCAGCUGGAGCUGGGAACGGAAGCAGAGGUGACCUGGGGAGCAGAGGAUGAGGAGAUCUGGAGGAAGCUCUCCUUCAGGCACUGGCCAGCCCUCUUCAGCUACUACAACAUCACCCUGGCCAAGAGGUACAUCAGCAUCCUGCCAGCCAUCCCCGUCACGCUGUACCUGAACCCUCAGGAGGCCCUGGAGAUGCGGCACCCGCAGGAGGCGUCGCGCUACCAGCCCUUCCUGGCGGGCAGGCCGGACACGGCAGCGCAGCCGGAGCCCCGCGGCCACCAGGACGUCACCCUCUACAAGGUGGCUGCUCUGGGCCUGGCGUCGGGCAUGCUGCUGGUGCUGCUGCUGUUCUGCCUGUACCGGGUGCUGUGCCCCAAGAACUACGGGCAGAGCGGGCCGGGCCGGCGCCGCAGGGGGGACCUGCCCUGUGAUGAUUACGGCUACUCGCCCCCCGAGACCGAGAUCGUGCCCCUGGUGCUCAGGGGACACCUCAUGGACAUCGAGUGCCUGGCCAGUGACGGGAUGCUGCUGGUGAGCUGCUGCCUGGUGGGGCAGAUCCGCGUGUGGGACGCGCAGACGGGCGACUGCCUCACGGUCAUCCCCAAACCCAGGCUGCGCAGGGACAGCAGCGGCAUCUUCGACUACCAGGAGGGCUGGGAUCCCAGCCCCGAUGGGAAGAACGGGCUGGAGGACUCCUUUGAGAGCAGCCACCAGCUCAAACGGCUGCUGGGGCCCCCCCAGCCCCCCCUGUUCUGCGACCAGCCCGACCUCACCUCCCUCAUCGACACCAACUUCUCGGAGCACGCCAGGGCGGCCGAGUCGGAGCCGCGGCUCCGGGCCGUGGGCGCUCGCCACAAGGACUCGGGAUACGACUUCAGCAGCCUGGUUGGGAAGGUGUACGAGGAGCACGGCAGCUCCAGCUGCAGGAACCUGAACUUCCCGGGGCUCUCGGCCCCGCACGGCCCCGCCGCCUUCUGCGGGAGCGGCGGCCGCUCCCCGGCGUGCGCCUCCGACGAGGGCGGCUGCGGCGGCCGCCGGCGCAGCCUCGGGGACCGGAGCCUUGGGGACGAGGCCUGCGCGGGAUGUGACAAAUCCUCACCCCUGCCCUCCUGGGGAGGGGACCUGGAGAGCUCCGUCUGGAGCCUGGAACUGCAGGGAAACCUGAUCGUGGCCGGCAGGAGUAAUGGGAAGCUGGAGGUGUGGGAUGCCAUCGAGGGGACCCUCCGCAGCAGCAAUGAUGAAGGACAAUCCGGCAUCACAGCCCUUGUCUUCCUCAACAACAGGAUCGUGGCUGCCCGGCUGAAUGGCUCCUUGGAUUUCUUCUCUCUGGAGACACACACGCCCUUGAACCACCUGCAGUUCCGAGCGGGCGCGCGUGUCCCCGCAGGAGCCGCGGGCAGGAGCAGCCUGCCGCCAUCGCCGGAGCUGGGCCGCGGGGCCGCCGUGCGCUGCCGCCUCACCCACAGCGUGGCCUGCGCCCACCACAAACCCAUCACCGCGCUCAAGGCCGCGGCCGGCCGCCUCGUCACCGGCAGCCAGGACCACACGCUCAGGGUGUUCCGGCUGGAGGAUUCGUGCUGCCUGUUCACCCUGCAGGGCCACUCGGGAGCCAUCACAGCUGUGUACAUCGACCAGACCAUGGUGCUGGCCAGCGGUGGCCAGGACGGGGCCAUCUGCCUGUGGGACGUGCUGACGGGCAGCCGUGUGAGCCACGUGUUCGCCCACCGUGGGGACGUCACCUCCCUGACCUGCACCACGUCCUGCGUCAUCAGCAGCGGCCUGGACGAUGUCAUCAGCAUCUGGGACCGCAGCUCGGGGAUCAAGCUCUACUCCAUCCAGCAGGAGCUGGGCUGCGGUGCCAGCCUGGGCGUCAUCUCCGACAACCUGCUGGUGACGGGCGGCCAGGGCUGCGUGUCCUUCUGGGACAUCGGCUACGGGGACCUGCUCCAGACCGUCUACCUGGGCAAGAGCAACGAGUCCCAGCCGGCACGGCAGAUCCUGGUGCUGGACAACGCCGCCAUCGUCUGCAACUUCGGCAGCGAGCUCAGCCUGGUCUACGUGCCCUCGGUGCUGGAUAAGCUGGACUGAGCAGGAGGAGGGCCCGGCGGGGCUCGGGGCUGUGCCGGAGCGGGGACAGCGCCGCCGGCUCCGUGGCUCCAUCCGUGCCACCGGGGCGGCUCCGCUCAGCGAGCGGGGUGAGGCCGCCGCCCUGGCGCUGCUCUCCCGGCUCCAGCAGCGUCCCCCGUGUGGUGUCGGGGGCCCCCGGCAGGGGGACACGGAGGGGGGACAGGGCAGGAGCGGGGCCGGCCCGGCACCGCCCCCAGAACCGGGCUCGGACAGCCCCGGCCCCGGGUGGCAGCCGGGACAGGGCCGGUACCGGCCCGUCCUGGGCUCGGCUCGGCCCCCACGUGCCUUAGGGCGCGGCAGGGCCCCGCCCGACCCCGCCCGGGGCCGCAGCUGCCCCCACCCUAUUUAUUUAUACGCUGUAAAUAGUUAUUUAUUGGGGCAGGGGGCGCGGGGGUCCAGCCCCGGUAGCGCUGCCCUUGCCGUGCCCUGGCACAGCUGCCCCGCCCGGCUCCUUCCCGUGCCCCGGCUGCAGCAAUAGCACCUUCCUCCUCCUCUUCCUCCUCCUUCCCCUUCCUCCUCCCCCUUCCCCCUCCUCCUCCUCCCGCUGCGGGGCCAGAGGAGGCUUCUCUCAGGUUGGGAGCGGGCGGAGCCCUCGCCCCCCUCCUGCAGGCGCUGGGGAGGGACCCGAGCGGACCCCGGGGCUCCCCGAACCGGCCGCGGUGUCGGCCCCGGAGCCCCGGUGAUUGUAGGGGCACCCCCGGGACCCCGGCCCAGCCCCCGCGGGUGGCCUUCGCCCAGCUGUACCUUUGUGCUGUACAGGGGACGCUUUUGUACCGACCGUGUUUUAUAACGUGUGCAGGAAGAUCCAUUAAACGGAACUAACCCGA